AUGAGCGCAUUUGAGUACGAUGAGGAUGAUAGUGAAGAUGGCCACUAUUCCGAAGAAGACUACAUGCGAGAUGAUCGCAGCGAGGGGCAUCAGGAUGAUGACGGUGACCACAGUGAGGGAUUUGAGGACUUCUAUGAUGACUAUCAUGACAAUGACGAAAAUGUGGACGAGGAGAUCGAUUCUGUUCAGGCACACGGUGAGCACAACGACGAGGACACUGGGUUUGGUAGGGACAUGACCCCUCAAGCUUUUUUGAACAGUUUGCGCCAACAUGCCCAAAGUUUAGACCCAGAGGGAAAUGGAAAUGGAAAUGACCACGAACAAAACACUGCUGUUAACUUCUCAGAGAUGUUGCCACAGUUGCUUUCAAGAUUGAGUGGGGCGCGCGGUGGCAGGUUUCAAGAUACAAGAGGAUCAAGGAUGUCGAAAUUGGUCGAGAACGUCGAGCACGCCGAGGAAGACCCUUACUUCGCAAUGGAGAGUAUUAUAGAACUCUCCGAAAACUUACUGAUGGGGAACCAGUACUUGAUAGAGCGAAUGCUUCCAGUUGAUAGAUUGAUAGCUGCAUUGGUCAAAAUUUUGACAUCGAGCAAGUUGGCUGAGGAGUUGGAAUUACAAAUGAACACCUCUCGAAUUUUUUACAAUCUUUUUGAAGUCCACCCUGUGAGCAUAUCUGGAGCUGUCGAUAAGAACGUCAUACCCGCAUUGCAAGCGAAGCUUGCAGAGAUUAGUUACAUUGACCUGGCUGAACAAGUUUUAGAGACUUUAGAACUUGUAUCUAGAGUGAGUGGAAAAGAUAUUCUGCGCUGCGAUAACAUGACAUCAUAUUUGCAAUAUUUUGAUUUUUUCACUAUUCAUGCACAAAGGAAGGUAAUUGCAAUCGUCUCAAAUGCUUGCGCUCGUGUUGAACCAAGCGAUUUUACCCAGUUGAAGGGUGUCUUUGAAAUCCUUAUGGGCAUCUUUAAAAACUGUACAGAUCAGAACAUCUCGGAUCGAAUCUUGAACAUCUUCUAUGGCGUAUGCGCCGGUAUCAAAAACUCAUCAAUGUUAGAUGUCCUGUUCACGCCAGAGAUAUUAUCUUCCAUAAUAAGCUUGAUCACAUCAACAGACGUUUCGUCUCAAAGCAAAUUGAAAUGCCUGGAAAUUCUUUCAGUCUUGGUUUAUUGGAGUUUCAAUAUUGGCGAAAGCAUUAUCAAUGUGUCAGAUGUGGCUGAGACGUUGAAAACAUGUCUGAAGCAAUAUGGCAAGUCGCCGGAUGCAAGCUUACAUGAAACAAUUAUGUUUGUGCCCAAGAGUUUACUGCUUUCAAUCUCCAAAUUUAUCGCAUUGCUAUUUCCUCCAGAAAAUAACCAGAUACUGACCCAGUUGAACGCUAAUGCGGUAGAUGCCAGAAGAUUCAACGGCAAUAAAAAGAUUCCCUCUUUAGUGAGCGAUCUGAUACCAUUGCUGGUCGAUAUAUAUAUCAACACGGUCGAGUUCAGUGCAAGACGGAACGUUCUAGUUGCACUAGCCAGGGUAGCACCUUGUGCUAAUGAGAAAAUAGCCCAUGAUACCAGUGAUUGCUUCAUUAAGCUAUUGGGUUCGUCGUUCCCCCAAAGUCUAUCCGUCAUUUCAAGCCAGACAUCACCUUCCCUCGAUUCAGGUGUAUUGAUCAUAGGACUCCUCGCCCUAUCCAAUGCUUUAAUUGAGCUGUAUCCUUCUAUAUUUGUACCCGCAUUCCAGAGAGAUGGGAUUUUUGACUCCGUUUCUAGUCUAAAUGGAGCACUCGACAGAAUCAAUAACAAGGAAGAUUUAUUUAGUUCAUCACUGAGCCAUACUUCCACUACCAAAAAAGAACUGGAAGAAGAUGGGGGUUCGGAUAGUGACAGCAGUGAGGAUGACUACGAUUUUGGUCUGGGGGAUAUAGAGUUUCCCAAGGAGGCGAAAACAAGAAAGAUAAGAUAUGAGUUUUUGAGAGAAAUGAAGCCCUCAUAUAUGCCAACUCAAAUACGGGAACUCUGUGAAGCUUUUUUGAAUAACAGCAAAUCCAGCAUCUGUCUCGAUAACCAAAAUCUAGAGACGGUGUUCGCUUUCGUGCAACACCUUGAACAGAUGCCGUUAGACACUAGAUCUCUCGAAAACUGCUGUAAAUUCUGGGAAAGUGUUAAGGAGUGUGUAUUCAGGGAUAAUUUCGUUUUGUCUGGCUUUGAAAUGUUGUCCACAGGCCUUGCCUCGACUCUGGCUUCUAAGAUCUCAGCCAGAAACACUUCUUUGUACUUUUUGAAGAAGGCAGCACAUGCUGUUCUUUCAGAUAGGUUCACUGAAUUUGUUAACAUCCUGCAGUCCGCGUUGACCAGGGUUGAUGAAUUCCGUAUUGUUGAUUCAGGACUGCAGGAUGAUGAAUCUGGGAUGUCAUCGUUAACUAAACAAAUCAAGCUGCAACUAAAAUUUGACGGGGACGGGAAUGGAGACGGAGACGACCUUUUCUCCAGUUUGACUUCUGUUAUUGUAUCCAUCCAUUGUAUUGCAUCUUUUAAGGUUUUGGAAGACUUUGUUCGUGACAGAUCUGCUAAGCUUACUCUUUUCAACUCCAUCAUACCCCAACCAUCAUCAACUGACGGAAACAAUAAUGUGAAUUUUGUCUCGCUGAGAAAUCAGGAAUUGGAAUUCUAUUUCAAUGGAAAGCUUGUUGAUAGCAAAGAGACCAUAUUUGGUGCGAUGUUCAGAGUCUUCAUGGAAGAGAAGAAAGAUAUUAGCGAACUAUGGAACAGUGUACAGGUGAUAGAGUUUAGGAAGAGAGACCUCGGCUUUGAUACCUCAGAUCAAUGUAUGAAUCAGACGACUCAGAGUGAUGAGAAAGUUUUGAACAAUGCUUACGCUACAAGGGAAUUACCGAAAGAAACUGCAAGUAGUGAAAAUGACAUCAUGCUCCUCUUGAAAUUUUUCAGAAGCUGCAUGGCUAGAAACAACAUUUUUAUUAACCCUAAACUCAGUGCAAAGCUGUCAAGACAGUUGGAAGAGCCGUUGAUUGUUGCUAGUGGAGCGUUGCCAGACUGGACUCUUUCACUGACACGGGCGUAUCCAUUUCUGUUCCCCUUAGAGACAAGAAUGUACUUUCUACAGUGUACUUCAUUUGGAUACGGUAGGCUGAUUCAACUUUGGAAGAAUCGGGUUGGGCUUGACAAAGAGUUGAGCAGUGAUGAUCCACUUUUGCAGUUAGGUCGUUUGUCAAGGCACAAGCUGCGGAUUCCGAGGAAAAAUAUGCUUCUAACUGCGCUCAAAGUGCUAGAUAAGUAUGGUUCUGUUCCCAGUGUACUGGAAUUUGAGUAUCAAGAUGAAGUUGGUACUGGGCUAGGCCCAACAUUGGAAUUUUAUGCUACCGUUUCUAGGGAGUUUGCGAAGAAAAACCUGAAUCUAUGGAGGACAGACACUUAUGAAGAGAGCAGAGCGGAAGAAAACGAAUACAUAACAAAACCUUUGUUCCCCUCCGCGCUAACAGGUGACAGCGAAGGAAGAGCUAGAAUCAUCGAACUGUUCGGUACCUGGGCACGUUUAUCGCCAGGUCCACUCUGGAUAACAGAAUCCUUGACUUCCGUUUCUAACCGACUCUUUUUCAUUUUAGCCGACCGGUUAUCAAGACCGUCCAUGAACAAUCAAUGUGAAGCGACUGAAGAUAAUCUCGAACUAAUCAAGUUGGUAGAUCCUCAGAUCGCAGAAUCGUUGAGAUACGUGUACAAUAAUAUUGAUAACGAUACGGAACUAAGCGAGAUGUACUUGUCCUUUGUUUUGCCAGGUUCAGACAUCGAGCUCGUUGAGAAUGGGAGAGCUGUUCUUGUAAACUCCGGAAGUGCUUAUCAUUAUAUUACGAAGGUGAUCUCUUACAUGAUCGGGGAUGGUGUAAAGGAUCAGAUACGCGCAUUUAUCGAUGGUUUUUCCAAAGUGUUUCCGUAUUCAAAUGUUUCGAUUUUAACCCCUGAAGAAUUGGUAGAUUGGUUUGGUGGAGUUGAAGAGGACUGGUCCCCGCAAGUGCUUUACGGUUGCAUCGAGGCUAAUCACGGCUAUACCAUGGAUUCGGAUACAAUUCAUCAAUUUAUCUCGAUCAUGACUGAAUUGAAUGCGCGCGAAAGGCGAUUGUUUUUGCAAUUUUUGACGGGCUCUCCCAAGCUUCCGCUGGGUGGGUUUAAAGUAUUAAAACCGAGACUCACAGUCGUAUUGAAGCAUGCAGAAGAUGGACUCACCCCGGACCAGUACCUGCCCAGUGUCAUGACAUGUGCAAACUACGUCAAACUCCCCAAAUACAGUAGCAAGGAGGUAAUGCGCGACCGGAUCAAGCAAGCCAUCGAAGAAGGUGCCGGUGCAUUCCUCUUAUCCUGA